GCACAACGCGCGGGCACGGCCAUUGCCAUCUUCCAUUCCACCUCCUCCAUGCGCGCGCUAGGCGGCUAGGCGCAGAGGGAGGCACGGACGGACGGACGGACGGACGGCGGGACGGACUGCGGAGGAGGACCGCGACCGAAUCGCGUGGCGGGGCGGGGGCGGUAAGGCGAGGCGAUCCGCGAGGGCCUAGCUUGGGAGGGGAGGGCCGGAGAGCAGAGCGGAGAGGAGGUAUGGACGCGAACGGGCGCGGGGGCGACGACGACGCGCGGGCGCCGCUCCUAGCGGGGCCCGGGCGGCGGCGCAACUCGGUCGCGUCGAUGCGCGGGGAGUUCGUCUCGCGGCUGCCCAAGAAGGUGCUCGACGCCGUCGACCCCGAGCGCCCGUCGCACGUCGACUUCUCCCGCUCCAAGGGCCUCCCCGAAGGUUCACGCCUGCAAGUCCUUCCCCUCCUCGCAUUAUCGGAUCAUUUUUCUUUGUUCUUGGUUCGGUCUGCCCUUGCAAUCUCUCUGAGCGUUUCCUUUUCUGGGUGCAGUGAUACCAAAAAAAAAUCGCAUUUUAUGGGGACUCUUUUUAUGAUUGAUGUGCUUUUGAUCUAGAUUCCGGAGUUGCCGUGGAUAAUUCUGUUCUUUUGGGGAUGGCUCAGUCUCCUAUCAUUGAUCCUCCGCGUGCUUUUUCUGGGCUCCUAGGAUUUCUUCUACUUUUAUGAUUGAACAGCUAGUGUCUUAUUACUACCACUCGGUGCUUCUUCUGGUUGCUUCUGUAUAUUUGGUUGAGUGUUUUUUGUCUUUUCAUGGCCCUAGAUCCUAGGUGGUUUGUUGGAUUCUCUGUACAAAACUGUGAUAUCAUGGGGUUUGUUUCGGUCAAAAUCCCCUUCAGGGUAAUGCCGUUCCUUUCUUGUGUUCUGUAGCAGGUUGCAGGCAUGCAAAUAGGUAUAACAAACAAGGCGUAACACACGUAGCAAGUAGCAUGGCUUAAUGAAGUGCCCCCUAUCGUCGCCUCAAACUGAGCUGUGAUUUUUUAGCUGUGCCUACAUAUUUUUCAUUUAUUCGUUUUCUAUUCUGGUCCGCCCUCAUCUGUGCAGCUUUGAUCUUUAUUUACUUUCCAUCUUAGUUUGAAUACUAAGAUGCAUCGAGACAAAAAAAAAAAUGAUGGCAAACGGAGGGAACCUCUUCAUUGUGCAGUACCAACAGGCGCUAGUUUUAAAUUGCAAUAUCUGUGUCACGAUGUUCCGGAUCUGCCUACUGCCCAUGCCCCCCAUCCCCUCCCCACCCCCUGUUCUCUGAAUAACUUAAUUUGCGAGAUCGUGGAAAGUUUUGACUUUUCUUCAUCGUAAUGUUGAAUUCCUAUACCAUGGAGAAAACAGGUUCCCAAUAAUUUAUAAAAAAACAGUCUGCUCAUGCGAUUCUUGUUGGUCCUACAUUUUGAUCUUUCGAUGACCAGUUUGCUACAUUUUGAUCCUUGGAUGACCAUUUUGCCUGCUCUCUAUUUUUCUUUAAAUAAGUGAGGAAAAUUAUUUAUUUUAACCUUUCUCCGAUUUAGCAAAUGGACUGUCUGAAGACUAUCUCGUUGUUUCUUGGGGAGAGAGAGUACUAUGAAAAACAGUUUGCCACAUUGAGGUCCUUUGAGGAAGUUGACUCACUAGAAGAAUCCAAUGAAAUCAAUGAGGAAGAUGAGCUUGCGGAGCAAAACCAGAGUGAAUUUGCCAUGAAGAUAUCAAAUUAUGCAAACAUUAUUCUCUUAGCAUUGAAGGUAUACGCCACAAUUAGAAGUGGAUCAAUUGCUAUAGCUGCCUCAACACUGGAUUCACUGCUUGAUCUCAUGGCUGGUGGUAUCCUUUGGUUCACACAUCUGUCAAUGAAGAGCAUCAAUGUCUACAAGUACCCCAUUGGCAAACUGAGGGUACAGCCUGUAGGCAUUAUCAUCUUUGCUGCUGUCAUGGCCACUUUAGGCUUCCAAGUAUUUAUUCAAGCUGUUGAUAAGCUGAUAGUGAAUGAAGCUCCAGAUAAACUGAACCAAAUACAACUAUUGUGGCUAUAUUCAAUCAUGAUCUUUGCAACAGUGGUGAAACUAGCCCUUUGGCUCUAUUGCCGAACAUCUGGUAACAAGAUCGUCCGUGCUUAUGCUAAGGAUCACUAUUUUGAUGUUGUCACAAAUGUCGUCGGUUUGGCUGCUGCUGUCCUUGGCGAUAGAUUCUACUGGUGGAUUGAUCCAAUUGGUGCAAUUGCCCUUGCAGUCUACACAAUUUCAAACUGGUCCGGAACAGUGUGGGAAAAUGCAGUAUCACUGGUAGGUGAAUCAGCUCCUCCAGAAAUGCUUCAGAAAUUGACAUAUCUAGCUAUCAGACAUCAUCCUCAAAUUAAGCGUGUUGAUACGGUUCGGGCAUACACCUUUGGGGUGCUUUACUUUGUUGAGGUUGACAUCGAGCUCCCCGAGGACUUGCCACUCAAGGAGGCACACGCCAUCGGAGAAUCACUCCAAAUCAAGAUCGAGGAGCUCCCUGAAGUCGAGCGAGCAUUCGUUCACCUGGAUUUCGAGUGCGACCACAAGCCGGAGCACUCGAUUCUGAGCAAGCUGCCCAGCAGCCAGCCUUGAUCCGAAUGGACUGUUCACUGUCGUGCAGGAUCUGCUACGGUGCUUGCCGCCUAGUGCUGUGUGACUAAAACUAAGAGUUUAAAGUUUAAACCAGUUUUGUGGUCAUGAGGUUUAGAUCAGGCGCGCCUAAUAUUAAGAGGGAUGCACGGUCCAGAUUGUUCCGAGAGUGUGUGGGAACCCUCUGCUUGCACGGUCGUGUUUUGAUCGAAAUUAGGCGUUUUUGCUGUUGGCAUGUGAUUGGCUGCGUGCUGCUAUAUGAUGGUGUCAUGGUGAAUACUGAAUAGGCAAGGGUAGGGACUAUGGAGUAAGAGGCAGAUCCUAUGCUUUAGGCAAUUACUAUCUCAUUUCAUUUUUGUCUGAAAGUGUUCCCACUGAAGCUUCAUAUGAGAAAGGGUACUGAAACUA